ACGGCGCACUAGGCUCUGCCGCCACGAUGGGAUGUCAGCGUGGCGCAGGCGUGGUUAUAUGGCAAGUGUUGGUGUUAACUCAACGCCAGCUUCCUUAACGUCACAUGUUGAUUCUCCGCUAGCACCAUAUUAAUGAAGGGAACCCUCGUAAAUAUUUCGCGUGUUUUAGACCAAGAGUAAAAUGUGACAUGUCCGAUUGGAACUGUCGUCAACAUCCUUGAAGAAGAGUGUAGCGGUGCUGAAGCCGAAGCCUGUCGUUGCGUACGCUUGUCGUAGGAUACUCUGUGCGCGUCAAUAAGCGGCUUAUGUAGGUGGCUGUCUACUGCGGGCCAGCUUUCUGGAUUAUGUUAUUCUACGCAGCGUUUUGGUGGAUGGUCUUCCUCGCCGUCGGGUGUCUUCCUCUUCACAGUGUGGUAUGCGUGGCCAUCUGGAAGCUGUCCGUGCCACGCUGGGUGCAAAACGGCACAGACGACCCGGUGCUCUUAGACUGUGAGUAUGUGUACAACGAGAACGACGUCCGGCUAGUUGUCAAGUGGUUUUUCAAUGACAUGCUGGAGCCCGUCUAUCAGUGGAUCCCGGAAUUGAACACGCGACACACAAGCGGCAUUCUGACGGGACGUCUAGACGAUUCCUUCAGGGUGAAUACUCAGGACUCGCAAUACCGAGCUCUCAAGAUUAUCCGACCUACAACGGAGCUUAGUGGGAGAUACACCUGCGUUGUCUCCUCGCUUGCUGGACACGACUCCAAAGAGCAGUCCAUGAUGGUCUAUGUUCCGGCGAAAAACUUUACCCUGUCGUACAACACCAAGACCAGGGAAAGCGGCAGCGAAAGCCGUGUCGAAGUGCAGUGCGUGGCGCGUGGUCUGCACCCACGGCCCACACUGCGGCUGUUCAGCAUCACGCCAGACAUGGCGCGGACCGAACUGGAACGAGGCCGGCCGCGCACACGGAAAGUGAACGGAACGUACGACAUCGAGCUGUCACGGACCUUCCGCACCGUCCAGCUACCCGCUGCGCUCACUUUCGAGUGUGUGCUAGAGAUCCCCGGCACGGACUACGAGGUGCGGCGACGGACCGUCUUCAAUCCCGGUCUUCUAUUUUCAACAGACACAUCGGCAGCGCUGGUGGCAUCAAAGAGCUUACUGAUUGCAUUACUGGGACACGCAUUUCUCAGGAAUUCAUAGUCAGAAGGUGCUUGGUAGACUGCCUUGGUUUCUUCCGUGGGGGCUUGAAUCCACCAGGGCAUUCAAAGUUUUUUUUAAUUGAAAUGUACAUACAUAUAUAUAUUUCUAAAUAAAAUCAAUUUCCUUUCUGGGAAUGUA